UUUUCGAAUCUGAUACUGUUUUACACUACGCAUUCUCGUUAUCGAGUUUCAAAAGAAGUCAUCUAUUUCGGUCCAGCAUUUUCUCAAACAUCUGCCCGAAUAUACAGUGAUUGACCUUGAGUUUUCUUCAAUGCAUUGAAGAGAAGAUGCGGGCAACAGUUGCAUCCAGAUGUUUGAAGAUUCUGAAUAAUUCCAUUCCCCCUCGCUGUUUGAAUCGUUAUUCGAUAACAUAUUCUUCUAAAUUAUUAAAUCCAUCACGCAUUGGCUUUGAAUUCAAGCAAAAUUCAAUCUUUACUGGUACUAGGAAUCUGUCCACCGUACGCACCCUAUGGAGCUCCGGCCGAAGGAAGCCUUCUAUACUCCGUAUCAAUGCUUUUCUAUCGGAUUUCCCCUCCAAAACAGCCCCGAACACCGGUUCGGCAUCAAAUGGCUACGCGUUCUUUUCCACAGAAGCAAAGCCAGCACCGAAGGAAGCGCUUACGAGGUCGUUGAAGAAAACUGACGCUUCAAGAGACCAACUUCCAGAUACUAAAAUCAUCGCAAUUCUUGCAAAAUAUAUAUGGACGAAGGAUAAUCUCGAGUUUCGACUCCGUGUCAUUGCUGCAUUGGGCCUCUUAGUUGGUGCAAAAGUGUUGAAUGUUCAGGUGCCAUUCUUAUUUAAGCUUGCUGUUGAUUGGUUGACAACUGCAACGGGCAAUGCCAAUGCUCUGGCCGAGUUCACUGCUGCUAAUUCAACUGUUUUAGCACUUUUUGUUAGCCCGGCUGCCGUUCUGAUUGGAUAUGGGAUAGCACGUUCAGGGGCUUCUGCUUUUAAUGAAUUGCGAACUGCGGUGUUCUCUAAGGUGGCAUUGUGCACAAUUAGGCAGGUUUCCCGGAAGGUCUUUUCACAUCUGCAUGAGCUCGACCUACAGUUUCACCUUAGUCGUGAAACGGGUGGUCUUAAUCGAAUAAUUGAUCGUGGUAGCCGUGCUAUUAAUUUUAUUCUUUCAUCCAUGGUCUUCAAUGUUGUACCAACAAUAUUAGAGAUAUCAAUGGUGUCCGGUAUUCUUGCAUAUAAAUUUGGAGCACCAUUUGCAUGGAUUACAUCACUCUCUGUGGCUGCAUAUAUAAUUUUCACAUUGACUGUGACACAGUGGAGAACAAAAUUUAGGAAGGAGAUGAACAAAGCUGAUAAUGAUGCUAACACAAGGGCAAUCGACUCAUUAAUUAACUAUGAGACUGUAAAAUAUUUCAACAAUGAGGCUUUUGAAGUUGAAAAAUAUGAUGAAUUUCUGAAAAGAUAUGAGGAUGCUGCCUUACAAACUCAAUGGAGCCUUGCCUAUUUGAACUUUGGCCAGAAUUUGAUAUUUAGCACAGCACUCUCUGCAGCUAUGGUCUUGUGUUCCCAGGGGAUUAUGAAUGGCAACAUGACUAUUGGUGACUUGGUCAUGGUAAACGGUCUACUUUUUCAGCUGUCUCUUCCACUCAACUUCCUUGGAAGUGUUUAUCGGGAAACAGUUCAAAGUUUGGUUGACAUGAAAUCCUUGUUUCAGUUACUAGAGGAGAAGGCUGAUAUUAGGGAUGCAGAUGGCGCUAAGCCUUUGAAGUUAUAUGGCGGUAGCAUUCAGUUUGACAAUGUCCACUUCAGUUAUCUAUCAGAAAGGAAGAUUCUUAAUGGGAUAUCAUUUGUUGUUCCAGCUGGGAAAAGCGUAGCUAUGGUUGGAACCAGUGGCAGUGGCAAGUCCACCAUUUUGAGAUUGCUCUUCAGGUUUUUUGAUGUCCAUACUGGAAAUAUAAAUAUAGAUGCUCAAGAUAUCCGGGCAGUAACACUUGAAAGCCUUAGGAAGUCUAUUGGUGUUGUUCCACAAGAUACUGUACUAUUCAAUGACACUGUAUAUCACAACAUUCAUUAUGGUCGUCUUUCAGCAACAGAGGAGGAGGUGUAUGAUGCAGCUCGGAGGGCCUCAAUCCACGAUACUAUCAUGAAGUUCCCGGAGAAUUAUUCAACUGUGGUGGGGGAAAGAGGACUUAAGUUAAGUGGUGGUGAAAAACAACGAGUAGCACUAGCGCGUGCAUUCUUGAAAGCACCUCCUAUACUGUUCUGUGAUGAAGCUACUAGUGCCCUUGAUAGCACAACAGAAGCAGAGAUCUUGGAUGCAUUGAAAUCUCUUGCAAAUGAUCGGACGUCAAUAUUUAUUGCUCAUAGGCUUACAACUGCAAUGCAGUGUGAUGAGAUUGUAGUUUUGGAGAAUGGGAAAGUCGUAGAACAAGGACCACAUGAGGUUCUCUUAUCAAAGUCUGGAAGAUAUGCACAACUUUGGGCACAGCAGAAUACCACUGUUGAUUCCAUCGAUGCCUCCUUCAAACUAGAGGCAUAAAUACCCAUGUACGAGGGGAAGACGGGAGGUUUCCCUCCAUUGAAUUCUUGCUUGUCAUGUAAAUUGGAUCAUUCUCCUAAUAAUUUCUACAAGUGUAUAUUCAACUAAUAUAUUCCGUUUUGACUUUCACCUUGUAAGUCAACUAAUUUUUUUAAUUCUUGAAUGACCUGUGCUCUUCUGCUUUGGUACCCUUCACUUUUAAAUAAUUUGUCAGAA